AUGAUCACACCGCGCUUCAGUUGCUCGCAAACCGCGGACGCGGUCACUAUACGCAUACACGCACCUGCUAUACGCGCAUCUGACGUGGAAAUACAUGUCGACGAGACACUCUUCUCGGUUCACAUCAAUCCGUAUUUCCUACGAUUAGCCUUUCCGGCACCUGUCGUUGAGGAUGACGCAUCUUCCGCAGUGUACGACCCAACAUCGGGUUAUUUGACCGUAUCCCUCACCAAAGCGAUGCCAGGUGAACACUUCAAAGACCUAGAUGUUCUCGCGAAACUGCUAGCUCCGCCUAAACGCGAUGAACCGGCACCGCAUCCGAUCAUUGAGGUUAUUAGUUCGCAGGACGCUGGAACAGAAGAACACGUCUCAGACGAUGAUAUCAGUGAAGUGACACGGGAUUUGAGCCUAGAUCAACGCGAAGUGUUGGAAGCAGUAGAAAAUGAUUGGCAUCUUCCUCAGCAAGUACCGGAAACUGCAGUGCCUUCGUCGGUUAGUUUGUCAACCGAAAGGCGAUACGGAUUUUUAGAUGCAUACACUGGUUAUUUCAAACAUGUCGGUCAUACCGAGAACGAGGUGAACGAGCUUGGUUUAGAUGCUGAAAGCCUUUCGCUAGAAGAGCGACGAGCAAGGCGAGUCAAACAUGAAGAUGAGAAAUGGGACGAAGAGUAUUAUAUGGCGGACUAUGUUGACGAAGAGAAUAUUCGGGAACAUAUCGUUUACAAGCCACCAGCAGAUGCUUCAUGUUCGCCAAACCUUCCCGAUCCAGUGGUAUUCACUGAGCAAGAAAAUAUGGAGAUGCUGCGACUCCCGCGAAAAGAAUACCUGGCGACUUCACAACAGACCCACAAUCUUUACCUGACUCUCCUCACCAUUCUCUUCUCGUAUGCCUACGAUGCACGAACUACUCAAAGCGACCCCACUCCCGAGAGUGCAUGGACAAUUUGUUCCCUCACUCCGGCCUUCUCCGCUCUCGACCCUCCGCCAUAUGCUUUCCAAACUACCACUCCACUAAGAUUCACCCAAAGGGACCUUCAAGACGCACUCAUACCAUCUCUCAGACGUUCCCUAGCGUUUCCUCUCUACCGCUCCUUCGCACUAGCGGAGAAAUGCUUGGAAGACGUGUCCGUUGUUCUUCAGCAUGGUCGUCGGGCCGUGCUACGAACGUUGCUUGAAACGAAGAGAAUUCUGGACAUGCAUGAGGUGUAUUAUGUCUAUAGCAAGAUCUGGGUGGAUGACUUUUGCCAAUGGGUCGCUAGUGAUGUCAGCGAGGAGAUACUCAAAGCACUCGGUCAGACUCUCGCCUCUACGCGAAUCGAAAAGCAAAGCCUGGGAUGGGACAUCCCUGCUCUCGAAGCAGCAGCACUGCAAGAACUCGAACAACCACGCGAACCAGACAGCGACGACGAAUCCGAUCCAGGUGGGCCCAAUCCUCUCUCACCCGACAAUUCUGGCGAGGAGGAGAACGGUAUUACUGAAGAGGACCACCCUUCAUCAAGUUCCUCCUCAGCAGCAUCGACUCUAUCUUCCUCAUCGAUGUCAGAUUCCGCCGAGGGGUCCGAGUCCGAGUCCGAUGCGAGUGAUGCGAGUGAUGUCAAGUCCUCCCGUUGAAACUAUUGUCAUCCUGUUGGAGUAAACCCGUCAUUUUCCAAAAAUCAAAUCGAAGGUAGACAAAAAGAAAUAUGCUGUCACAAU